CUACAGGUAAACAAUUGUAACACCCCUGUUUAGCAGAUUCUUCCUUAUCAUCUCAGCUGUGUGUAUCGUUUUUAGCGUAUUUUCCCACAAAAUCUCGCUCACAAAGCACAACUGUACCGCUAACAUAAUGGAGGAAGAGUACGGCGUUACCGAUUCACCCCGGAAAGGUCCCACCCUGUCCACGUCAACCUCCAGCUUCGAACCGUUCGACGCCCACGACCCGAACCUUUCACGACUGGCCACGAAAAUGUUCCAAAAGACGGGCGAAUACAUAACGCACGAGCUGGCCUCCACGGUGGACGAUUACAAGCUGAUCGAAAACAUGAACCGUGCCAUGAUGGGUAAGGUGGCCGAUAUGCGACAGAUGUCGCAAUCGAUUGCGGCGAAAAACGCGGAACUGAAUCAAAAGUAUGAGGAACUGAAACCUCUACUGCAGCGGAUCGAUGACAUUGAAUCAACGGUGGACAAGCUUGAAGCGGCCGCCUACCAACUGGAUUCGUACACGAUCCGUUUGGAGAACAAAUUCAAGUCGCUUAAAACUAAGCAGUAGUUGGUGCGAGUAUAAGUAGAUUCACUUUGAUGUCACAUAUUUAUUCAGCAAUACCACAAAGAAUGAACCUGGCCGCAGGAUCGUCAGCCAAGAAGAAGUUUAAACGUUAUCGCUACUAUAUUAAGAAAUAUUAAAGGUACUGUAAAUAAACAAGAGCACAUAGCAAUGAGUCAGCACACUAAA